AUGCCCGCCGCUACAGUGGAGUAUUUCCAGGACAUACUGAGCAAGUACUGGCAAGUUUGUAACUCAUCUGAAUCGAUGGGGAUUUGCAAUGGGCACGGGAUGUGCGACUUCAAACAGAGGAAGUGCAUGUGCGAUGCUGACAUUGCCUACCAGGAUGAGGACAAUGGCAUGUGCUAUCCCAAGUGUGAGGGUGGCUGCGGGCAUGGCAAAUGCGUGAAGGGCAGCUGCCAGUGCGAUUUCAACGAAGAGCACAAGGUGGGUUUCUACACUCCGCUAGGGCAGCCUGCCUGUUCAAAGCCUUGUGGCAGCAAGGUUUUUGCGACAGCCGGAACUGAUGAUGUCCUACUCAUACCCGGGACGGACAAGGUCUUAGGCGCGGAGCCUAUCUCAGUGGACUGCUUCUGCAGGCAGGCCAUUCCAGGGUACGAUGUGCGCGGCCAGGGUAUGCCAACAACGCCGUGCCAAAACCCAACUACAUAUUCAUGCCAUGAGCAGGACAGAGUCAUUUGCGACUCUCCGUGUGUCUUCAGUGGCUGCCCAGUCUACACGGAAAUCACUUGCACCCAUGGUUCCGGAGUGGAAUGCCCCCACGCAGACAUCCAGAAGGUCGGUGGCGCAGCAAGGGGGAUGAAGGCUAGCCUGCCAAUGGCAGAAGCUGGCAAUCGCACAGGUCAAGCUCUGCCGCCAAGGCUGGUAGUUUAG